AUGGCUAUGGAAAGUGGCAAUGUGCACCCUGAGCAAAUGAGAAACAGUUUCUACUGGGGAAAAGAAGUGAUAUUUAUGAUUCCACAGUGGCCCGGCAAAGAUGUAGGAAUGUAUAUUUUAUGUCUGAUGGUGGUGCUUGUUAUUAGCAUACUCAAGGAGUACAUGUCACUGCAUCAUCCUCAUCACAUAACGUGGGGUGAGGGAAAAGGCAUCAAUUGGGUGACAGCUGCAUUGACCCAUAGCCUGCAUAUGGCACUUGGGUACCUCUGUAUGCUUGCUGUCAUGUCAUAUAACUUGGGAGUGUUUAUUGUAGUCCUUAUGGGCUCUGCACUUGGCUUUUAUAUCUUCCAUAGGCUUGCCAUUGAUGAUGAAGCAGGUGAUCCAGAAUCUAAAGGCUGA